GCAAGUCUCCAGAGGCAAUCCCAGGCUCACACCAGCAGUGCUCACUUGAUGUAUCUGCGCUAUCCACACUGGUUUUUGGGCUUUGUGACAAGCAUGCACUGACUGAUCUCACAUAACUCUCUGGCAUGCUCUAACUGCGCGUGGAUUUGAGCAAAGUUAGAUUUUUGGAGCAUAAAAAUUCAGAUAUUUUUCUCUUUAAUCUGGAAGCACCCUUCUGGAUCCGAUGAUCACAGGGCAGCUGAGCAAACCGCUGCUCCCUCUGCGUGCCGAUAUGGACGCCUGCGAGCUGCGGGAUGACGACAAAGCGGCCAGCCCGGACAGCGAGCUCAACGAGGAGCCCUUGCUGCUGUCAGCUGACACAGACUCGGAGAAGAUGUAUGGUGGUCGAGUUGGUUCAGUUCAGUCUGAUGCCAGCAGCAGUCCCACAGAACAUGGUCAUAUGACUCACCCCACAUACCCUGUUGGACCACAGUCUCUGCUGGUUGCUCAGCAGUUGGCAUCAGCGGUUAGUGGAGUGAUGUCCGGAGGAGCUCCUGGUCUUAACCAGCCCAUUCUGAUCCCCUUUAACGCUGGCGGGCAUCUCGGUGGGCAGCAGGGCCUGGUUCUGUCUCUGCCCACUGCUGCAAACAUACAGGGCCUGGUGGCAGCCGCUGCUGCUGGAGGCAUCAUGACGCUCCCCCUACAGAAUCUGCAAGCUACCUCAUCCCUAAACUCUCAGCUCCAGCAUCUUCAACAGCUCCAACAGCUUCAGCAUCACCAGCAACAGCAUCAUCAUCAUCAUCAACAACAGCAACAGCAGCAACAACAACAGCAACGAGAACGAGAGCAGCGUGAAAGAGACCAACAACGAGAACGCGAACGUGAACAGCACCAACAGCUCUGUGGUCCAACACAUCUCCAGCCACCUAGCCAUCAUCAGCUCACUCCUCCGAUUCAGUCACAAGUCUCUGGACCUUCUCCAGGCUCUGCCUCCAUCUGUUCCUCCUCCAAUCAUAGUUCAGCCCAGCCUCCUCAGUCUCCGCCCCCUCAUAGGCAAAACCAAUCACCAGCUCACAGCUUGCCAUCACCUGUCACACCUCCUCUGCCACUACAGCUCAACCCUCUGGCCAGUCAGGCAGCGGUUGCUGCAGCAGCAGCGAUGGGUUCAAUUGCCGGGUCACAGGUGUUUGGUAAUGCUCUCUCCAGCCUGCAGGGGGUCACUGGACAACUGGUCACCAAUGCACAAGGACAGAUCAUUGGUACGAUCCCUCUGAUGCCAAAUUCGGUAGGACCUUCCAGCCAAUCAGGGGGCGGCACUCCCUCACUGCAGGUCCAGCCAAUCACACCGCAGCUGCUGACCAAUGCACAGGGUCAGAUUAUAGCCACUGUGAUUGGCAACCAGAUCCUGCCAGUGAUCAACACCCAGGGAAUUACACUGUCACCCAUUAAACCUGGACAGCAGCUGCCGCAGGCCUGUCAGACUUCACAGGCCCCUCCGGUGUCUCAGCCGAGUCUGCUCCGUAUGCCCCACAGCCAGAGCCCCCUCCACCAGGCCUCUUCCUCCUCCUCAACAUCAUCGUCCUCAUCCUCGGCUCUUAGCGUCGGGCAGCUAGUCAGCAAUCCUCAAACAGCCCCUAACGAGGUGGAUGGUGUGAACCUGGAGGAGAUUCGAGAAUUCGCCAAAGCGUUUAAAAUUCGCCGACUGUCUCUGGGUCUGACUCAAACUCAGGUGGGCCAGGCUCUCAGUGCAACUGAAGGCCCAGCCUACAGCCAGUCUGCCAUCUGCAGACACACCAUCCUGAGAAGCCACUUUUUCCUACCACAGGAAGCCCAAGAGAACACUAUAGCUAGCAGUCUGACAGGCAAACUGAACCCUGGCCUUUUAUAUCCUGCCAGGUUCGAGAAGUUGGACAUCACCCCAAAAAGCGCCCAGAAGAUUAAGCCCGUGCUGGAGCGCUGGAUGGCCGAGGCGGAAGCCCGCCAUCGCUCUGGUAUGCAGAACCUGACCGAGUUUAUCGGCAGCGAGCCCUCCAAAAAGCGCAAACGCCGGACCUCUUUCACGCCGCAGGCCCUGGAAAUCCUCAACAGCCACUUCGAGAAGAAUACUCACCCCUCCGGUCAGGAGAUGACAGAAAUCGCAGAGAAACUGAACUAUGAUCGCGAGGUGGUGCGCGUUUGGUUCUGCAAUAAGAGGCAAGCAUUGAAAAACACUAUAAAGAGGCUUAAACAGCCCGAGCUCGGGCCAGUCGCACCGAUGGACCCUAUGGUUGAUAAUAUGGAGGAACACCCUUAGCUUGAUACGAGUGCCACGAGGCGAACAUGCACCGAUGACGAAACUUCUGAUGUUGUGGACUUAAAGACCUGGACGAUUGCUAUCCGAUGCACCAUCGACUGGAUGAACUGUCAACAAAGGCAAAAAUAAAUAUUUGUCAGUGUUAUCAUCACAAAAGCAAAAACCAAAAAAAGUUUAGAAAAAAAGAGAGUUAUAGUACUGACUCAUAAGCAGAUUGUGAGGAAUAAAGAACAAGGGUCUUGUUUAAAUCAAGGAUGGUGAAGAAACUACUUACCAAAGUUUGUUGCAUCUGAUACCUGAGGUUUUUUAAUUGUAAAUGUGUUUUACAUUUUUACAUUUUUACUGGCAAAAAAAGAAAAGAAAAAAAAAAAGAUUCAUGUGAUGGGUGUAUAUGGGUGUGACAUUUGAUCUUUGUCUUAUUUUAUCACUUGGGUUUUUAUGUAAAUAUUUCUGAUAAAUUGUCACCAAAUUGAAAUCACACGUUCCAAAAAAAACAAAACAAAACAACAACAACAAAAAAAUCUUUGAGAAGUUUAUUUCAAAAUUGUCACAUUUCUGCUGUCUGUCAUUGUCAAAUGUGUCAUCUCACUUGUUCAUUAACAUUAAGGCAUCCGUCAUGAAAGAGUGCACUUGGGAGGAAUAUUUUGCAAAGAGAUUCUCAGUGAACAUGCCACAGAUAUCCACAUUCGUUGCAGCUGUGAUUAAAGCUAUUUAAUGGUGUUGCCAAAGCCUCCUAGCCAAAGAACAAGGACAUUGUAUGGCAUACCUUGGCCUGAACCAUUUUAUCAUUUUCAAGUGAUCGGAUGAUUUUAUUUUUAAAAGCUAAGGGUUACUGUUUUAUUUUACUUGUCAUGCUUGACAAAAAAUACAUACAUGUAUAUACUUAUAAAGAUUUCAAGUAAAUGAGAUGAAUUACUUUAAAAAAAAUUCACUUGGGUUAUGCAAGUUAUCUUUUGUCUAUGUGUCUUUUUCAUCUUUGGUGCUUAAGGUUUUUUUGGUGCAGAAGCUUAAUUGUGUCAGUCAGACUUUCUCAGAUGGAAAUGACUGGAAAUACUCACCUUGGAUGAAACAUUUGACUGAAUAUACACCUAAAUUUAAAUUAAAAUAAAGAAUCAGUGUCUCAAAUACUGCACCAUCCUACAAACCUUCAGCCCAUCUUACAGUUAGAUUUAGAGUAAUGUAAUGAAUUGUUUUUAGUCUCUUUUUCCUUAUGCUUUUUAUUGUAUAGUUCUUAUACUGUAUAACAAGCAUUUCAACUAAAAAAUAAAAGCAGUGGUAACUAACUGGUAACUAAAAAAGUAUGAUGUUCAUUUUAACACUGAUGUUAAAAUAGCCUAGAAGUUCAAUGAUAGCAAAUGUUUAAAGUAUUUUGCUGUGGACAUGAUUAUUCAACGAUAUCUCGCAACCAGUUUGUAGGCAUUUAACGCGGUGGCUAAUUCGUACAAAGUUGUACUCAUAUGAUUUUGGCAGGCUAAGGUGUAGGACAUUCAUACAAAUUCAUACGAAUUACCCACCUCGUAAAAUACGUAUGAAUGGCCAUGAGAUCGGAUUGGAAUAUUCACUUCAUACUUAAACAGAGAGCAAAAAUAGUCAGUUUACAAAUAAAUUAAAUGUUUUGAAAAGAAAAUCUUUUGAGGUAUUUAUGCAAAUGUAAUUCAACGCAAUGGGCAUAAGUUACAGAAAAAUUGUCUUGCUUCUGACAUCUACGUAACGGAUAACUUGAUUCGCAUUAAAAAAAAAUUGAAUGCCUGAUUGCAUUGACUCGGCUCAUCUCGUAUUAGAUGAAAUCCCCCCAUCCUGUUCAUUUUCAUGAAUUCAGUAGCAUGGCAUUUGUGUGUGGCUGCAGAGACAGGACGUCUUAAGGUAUACAGGCUUAUGAAAUAAAGCUGUAACCAAAAAUUCAAACCAAGAGACGAGAAUCUUAGUUCUGCCUUUGCUCAUGUUUUCAAUGCUGGACCAAAGCUCAAUAGUUUUAUGCACAUUGUACAGAGAAAUGGCUAAAUGUCGCUGACAAUCUUGAAAUAUGUAACUGAUUGAAGAAAACUGAUUAAAUGGAGUAUAUCAUUCAAAUUACCUCAGCACUGUCCUGCUAAGUAGUGAGCAAUGUCAUAAGAUGCUACCUUUCUGCAAAGGUUCACAGCGAAACACAAAAGACUUGUGUAUAUGUUUGUAAGUAGUUACACCUGCUUUUCUUAACGAUGUGCUUUCCAGGGUCACGUGUAUAGAACAGACAUUGUUACAUGACUUUCCUCUAUUUUAUUGUUUAGAUUCUGCAUUGUUGUUUGUUUAUCUCCUUUCACUAUGUAAGAUAGAUUUUUUUGAGUUUAAUUGCCUGGAAUUGCCCCGUAUAAAUGGGGAACAAAGAAAACUUUGUGGUUCAACUCAAUUGUUUUUGAAAGAUGAUGGAAACCUUUGGAGAUUUAUUGAAGUACACACACUGGUAUACAUACAUGCAUACACACACACACACACACACACACACACACACACAGUCGAGUUUGAAAUGUUGUUAUUACUCUCAAGACCUCGAAACCAAAGCUGUUUAACCUGCUAAGGAUGCUUUAAAUUUUAUAGACUGAAAACUGUAUGUAUUAUAUAGAGCAAUAUCUGUCCGGUCAGUUAAGCUGCACUUUGUGUAUUUCUUAACAGCUUCAAGUCUGUCACAUUAAUUUGUACCAUAUAAAAAAAUUAAUAAUAAACAGUUGUUUGACAUGAA